AAGGGUGUUUCGGACCUUUCGCCCUUCCAACAGAACAUCCCACUCCCAAACCCCCGGCUUGAUACCGUACCUCAUCUCACAGGCCGGAGUCCAGAGCCCAUCCCAACGCCACCUCUGCUCCGUGCGACGGUGGCGUCGGCGGGAACCCGGCUUCCACUCCCUCCUCUCACCCCCCUCCGGUUGCUUCUGGCUUGUGAAAAUGGCGGAUGAACUACGUUCUCCAUCUGUGAUCCAGAGGGUCCAUGGGCAGUCCGUGUUGUUGAGCAGAAUCUCUUCUUAUUCUGCAAUGAAUAACCCUGUAUUCAACAACGCACAUUCUGCUUACAAUGUGCCCCUGAGGUCGUACCAUGGAAUGAACACAACUGUUGGGCUCUCAUCUUUCAUCACACCAUCCCCUGUCUUCGCUUCUGCCCCGAAAGAGAAAGGUUUUUCUGGAUUUAUGAUUGACUUUCUGAUGGGUGGAGUUUCUGCUGCUGUCUCCAAGACAGCUGCUGCUCCAAUUGAGCGUGUCAAGCUUUUGAUUCAGAACCAGGAUGAAAUGAUCAAGAGUGGCAGGCUUUCUGAACCGUACAAGGGUAUUGGUGACUGCUUUCGCCGGACGAUGAAAGAUGAGGGUGUCGUUGCACUGUGGAGAGGAAACACAGCUAAUGUCAUUCGUUACUUCCCAACACAGGCAUUGAACUUUGCCUUCAAGGACCACUUCAAGCGCAUGUUCAACUUUAAGAAGGACAAGGAUGGGUACUGGAAGUGGUUUGCUGGCAACCUGGCUUCUGGAGGAGCUGCUGGUGCUUGCUCUCUGUUCUUUGUUUAUUCUCUGGACUACGCCCGUACGCGUUUGGCUAAUGAUGCCAAAGCUGCGAAGAAGGGUGGUGGGAGGCAGUUCAAUGGACUUGUUGAUGUUUACCGCAAGACCCUCGCCAGUGAUGGUAUCCGCGGCCUCUACCGUGGAUUCAAUAUCUCUUGUGUGGGAAUCAUUGUAUACCGAGGUCUUUACUUUGGAAUGUACGAUUCCCUCAAGCCAGUGCUUCUUGUUGGUUCCCUGCAGGAUAACUUCUUUGCCAGCUUCUUACUCGGCUGGGGUAUAACAAUUGGUGCUGGUCUUGCCUCGUACCCUAUUGAUACUGUUCGCCGUCGCAUGAUGAUGACAUCUGGCGAAGCUGUCAAGUACAACAGCUCCUUGGAUGCUUUCAAGCAGAUUGUCGCAAAGGAGGGUACUAAGUCCCUCUUUAAGGGUGCUGGCGCGAACAUCCUCCGUGCUGUUGCUGGUGCUGGUGUCCUUGCUGGGUACGACAAGCUCCAGGUGAUUGUCUUCGGCAAGAAGUACGGGUCUGGCGGCGGCUAAAGAGUAGAUGAUGAUGAACAAAAGACAUGAUAUUUUAGUUGGUGCCUUUGAAUAGCUUAUAUGGACCAUGGACACCAUUUCAAAAUUUAGCCCUCGCAGAGGUUUGUGACUGGUUUCUUAUGUGAUUUUGAUACCGUGGCGUGUCUCGUUGUUGGAGAUACGAAAUAAGCGACCGAGUUAGAAAUUGCAGCCCUUCAGACUUUAAGCGUUGGAGACAUUUUGUCAAUUGCAAGCUUCUGCCAUGCUAUAUCUUUGGGCUGCAUGUUUGCUUGUAUCAGUUUUAUUCGGUUUUGCACGGGAAAUGGAUGCUUGAAUGGGAGAUAUUUAUUUACCAGUAUCGAUUA